GAUCUGCUUUUGAGUAGUUUGAUUAGUUUCAUCUUGUAUUUGUGUUAGUAUUGAAAGAAUCAAGAAUAUAUGUUAAGUAUUAUAAGUUUUAAUUAUUGGUGUUGGAAUAAUCUGUGAGUUUUGAAAGAUUCAAGAAUAAUUUCAGAUUUUUUUUGGUUUUCUCUUCUAGAUUAAGAUUAAUCGAGGCUGUUGCCUCAAGAAUACUUUGCUUGUUCUAGAGUUACUACCGGCUUCUUGCUAUCUCGGAUGUAUGAUGUUCUUUCGAACGAUUAACUGGAAAGUGAGAUAUAGCUAGUGAUUAAGGGCAAUAUGGAUGUGAGAUUUGGGUUCUUGUUCCUUUUCGUGUUGGGUGCUAGCUGGGCAUGUGAUGCUAGACAACUAGAAGUUGUUGAGGUGGUAAUCUCUGAUGCAUCAGUUGUGCAGAUAAACCAGGGGCAAGAUGGGGAAGUAGUAGAAAAGGUUGCUCGGAAUGACAAUGUGUGCACCUUGUGUGAGGAAUUUGUUACUGAGGCAAUUGAUUUCCUUUCACAAAACAAGACACAGACUGAGAUAGUUGAGAAGCUUCAUGAGAGCUGCUCCCGUAUACCAUCAUUUGAGCAGCAGUGCAUUUCACUGGUGGACUAUUAUGUUCCUCUCUUCUUCAUGGAAAUCUCUUCAAUACAGCCUGAAGAUUUCUGUACAAAGGUCAACCUUUGUCAAAAAGUUGCACUUAUAUCUUCACAAAUCCGUGAAGAUAGCUGUGGCAUGUGCCACCGUGCUGUUUCAGAAAUACUAAUUAAGUUGAAAGAUCCUGAUACACAGCUGGAGAUACUUGAGCUCCUAUUGAAGGGAUGUAAUUCAAUGCAGAACUAUGUGAACAAGUGUAAGAGGCUAGUUUUCGAGUACGGGCCUCUGAUCCUUGCAAAUACAGAGCACUUUCUGGAAACAACUGAUGUAUGCACCAUACUCCAUGCCUGUAACGAUUCCAAGCAAGCAUCACUGGCAGAUUCAUAAUUGUUGCCUCAAUUAUCUAUAAAACCACAAGGAUCUGUUGUUGUAAUAUAGUAUAAAAAGGCUUUCACUCCCCGGUUUGCAAGUUACCAUGGAUAAGAAUUACAAUAUUAAUAGGUUGUAAGACACGAUUUACUACUGAUGCACUUAAAGCAUUCUUUGGGCUUGGAUUUUAGA